AUGGCAGACUUGGCCUUUUUCGCUGCGCCGCCUUCGCCUUCUGCGCGUCGUCCUUCUGCAGGUGCGGCGCGGUCUUUGCCCCCUGCAUCUCCCUGUGCGACCGCGCCGCUCUCUUCUUCCUUUACCGCUUCAGCAGCCGCUUCAGUCGCUGCGUUAUCGCCUCGCAUGUCUCCGUCUGCGUUCUGCCCGUACUCCUCUCCAGACUCGCCGCUGCCGACUCUCUCGUCGUUCUCUUCGCUGGACGCGCUGUCGCGCUUCACGAGGGCGUCGCUCUGCGCCUCUGAAGGCCGCGUGUGGCCUGCGACCGUCGCGCUCGCGCCCAUCACCCCCGAGAGCGGCCUCGGCCUCCGCGCGUGUCGGCUUAUCCACGAGGGCGAGACGCUCUUCGUGGAUCGCGCGCCGCGCGGCUGGUUUUUGCCGCUCUUUCGCCAGAACGAGACGCGAGACCGCGCCAGGAUCUUCGGCGCCUCCGCGGACUUCGCCGCGCCUGCCUUCUGCUCCAACUGCAGCGCACCGCUGCCGCUCAAGCUGAGCGGGAGACUCUGGGACAGGCGAGCGACCGAGUCCGCCCAGCCGCUACCGCGAAACCCCGCGCCGGACGCUCGCGACGCGCAGGAAGAGGUCGCCUCGGGCGCUCGCAGGCGGCCGCGCCUCCUCUCGAGGAAGCCCCAAGGGCUCUCCGCCGAGGCGGGCGCCUGCGGCGAGGGAGGCGAACCAGAGGCGAGCGAGGCGCAGGGUGGGAACGCCGUAAUAACAGCGGAAGACCGCGAACACAAGGCGGCAGACAAAAAGCACGCAGAGAAGAAGAAAGAGGCCACUCGGAAGCCGAGGGACGCAGAGGUGGAGAGGCUAGAUGCCGGCGAGGAGAGCGAACGAAGGAGAGCUGCGGAGAGACUUCUAGGUGGCCUCCGGUGUCGGCGAUGGCGCGCGGGCUGCAAGCAGAAGUACUGCGGCGAACGCUGCCGGGCGGAGGCUGAGUUUCUGCACCACGGGCGUCUCUGCGUAGGCUUUUCGCCGCUCUACGCGCAGCUCCUGCGGCUCGCGUCCGAGGCCGACAACGAGUACUACCUCGUCGCGGCGAAGAUGUUCGCCGGCGUGCUUCCCCUAAUCCAGCGCGACUCUCGAAAGCGAAGAGACUCGAACGCCGCGACGCGAGACGAAGCGCAGAGAGGCGGAGGAGGCACGGAACUCGUCGCGGAGGCCGCGCACGCAGACGAGGGGCGAAGCGACGCCGCGUGGGGAGUGAGCUCCGAUAGACUUACCGGAGGGGUGCCCCGAGAGGCGCGAAGCGCUCCUGAGACAGAGGAGAAGCCACGCGGCGACGUGUUCGGAAGAGUCAAGAGGGAGAGGACGACGGGAGACAUGCCGGCGCUGCCCUGGCAUGGAUGGCAUCAGCGGCCCUGGUGGAAGACAAUGCGGAUGCCGCGCUACAUAGGGUCGUCCGGCGAGGACGAAGAGGAGAGCGAGGGCGCGGCCGAUUCAGGAGACGCAGGCUCGCCUGUCUGUCGAGCGGGUGACGCGCGUGAAAAGACGAAUCGCCUCCAACGAGGCGGCGCAAAGAAGGAAGACGACGGAGACUUCAAGGCUGCCGAGACGCGAGAGGAGUGCGCCGAGAGCGGAGACGGCGCUUCCCACCGGAGGCCGCGCGAAAUCCGCGCCUCUAGAACUUACCGCCGGCUCUACGCUGCGGCGCGAGCGAGGGCGGAGAAGGCCCGCCGAAGCCUCGGGCACUCAGAUGAGCGCCGUCGCGAGGCUUCGCAGCGGGGCCAUAUAAGCUGCAACUCCAUUCGUGAUUCGCCGUCGAUUUCCUCGCCUUCGUCGCUCAGCGAGUCCUCUUCGUCGCUUUCGUCGUCGCCUACGUUUUCCUCUUCUCGCAGCUCGUCUGUCUCUUCUCCGUCUCCGUUGCGGUCAGCGUCCUGUUUCACCUCGUCUUCGGCGCACUCGGACUCUGCGUCUGCCCGCUCGGAGUCAGAAGCUUCAGAGGCGCCUGCAAGGCGUCGGUCCUCUCCACCUCCUUCUCGAAGGUCUUCCAUACCGCCCCCGCCCUCGUCCGCCACCUCUGUGGGCUCUUCUGGUUGCUCUUCGUCUCCCUGUGCGGCCGUGGCUCGCUCCCGCGGCGCGCCGUCUGCGGAGGGCGCGGAGGAGACGCCCCCGGCGGAGGAUCUGCAAGCCCAGAGGAAGGCACUGCUCGCGGGCGGGAGUUCACCGACCAGGCCGCGGCGCGACGAGGCGGGGGAUGGAGACGAAACGCCCCAGCGAGUGACCGGCGACGCGCCGCAUGCACUACGAGGCGGCGUCGCGUCUGCCGUCGAGGCAAUCGAAGUUCACUCUCAAGACUCCGAGUCCGCGAAGACAGACAGGAUGAAGAAGGCGACGAGCCCUGGAGGCGAGGCCGGCCUCGUCUGCGUCCGCGAGAGAGCUCACGUGUUGAUCUCGCGGGCUGCGAAGCAGGGCGCUCAGCGAGCCGCGCGCAGGUUGCUCAGACGCAGGAUGCAGGUAGUAGAAGCCGGUGCCGGGACGGCGCCGUCUAGAGGCCACAGGCGUUUGGGGAGGGCGCGUCUUUCUUGGCGCGUCCGUCGCCUGGCGAUCCCGAGCCCCUCAGCCUCAGAUGGAGAGCGCGGAGAAGGCGACGGCGAGGGCGACGGCGCCGAGGAAGGCUGGGAAGAAGAGGAAGCUGUCGUGGAGGGAUGUGGGGAGGACGAGGCGCGCGUGCGGCGUCGGGCUACGCGCGCGGCAGCGGAUCGCUCGUUGCAGGCGUUUUUCCGCAUGCAAAUCAAGCGCCAGACGAAGAAAGUCGUCUCCAUUCUCUCGCGGCUCUUCCCAGAGCUGGCAGACGCGGGCAUUCUCACGCUGAGCAGAUUCGCCUCUGUCGUCGGCCUCAUUCGCAUGAACGCCACUGCAUAUCGCGUGGAUCACCUCGCCCUCAAAUCAGCUCUAGCGCGCAGGGCUCAGAGGCGCGCAGAGAAGUCGUGCAGCGCGCGCGCACCCAGCGAGCAGAGAGGCGCCGCUGCGACGGCCGCCAGCGAGGGUAGCGAAAGCGAGGAAUGCGGAGUAGCGGAGAUGCGAAGCUGCGGAACCCAGUGCGAGGUCGAGACGACCCCGGCAAACACAGCGAACGCGCCGGAGGUCAGAAAAAAGGGAUGCGCUUCUGAGAGCGACAGUUUUGAAGCGGAGAACAGCGAAGCCGGGAGCGAAUGCGCAGGCGGCCGCGGGGAGGAAGACCAGUGGAGCUCGCUGUGCGCGGUACAAGGCCUCGCACUCUUUCCUGUCCAGAGCUGCAUCAAUCACGCCUGCCUCCCCAACUGCUGCUGGCUCUACGAAGAGCCGGACACCAGCCGCGACCCUCAGCAAGCGUGCGGAGAAGACGAAGAUGACCCAGUUGAAGACGAAGAAAGUGAAGAGGACGAAGAGAAAGAAGACAAAGAAGGGGGAGGAAAUGCGCGAGAAGACUACAGCGAGAUGCGCGAAAAGAUCGGCGCGGAACGGCUUGUGCCGCGGGCGCAGGCAGGUGUCUCCUCCUCGCUUGAGCGCAGCGAGACGACGGAAUUGGGAGGGCAUCGCCACGCGGGCUUUGAUGGGAGGCUUAGGCAAGAGGAAGCGAUGAUCGCCUCGUGGAAAAACAGCGGGCAUUUCGUGAGAGAGGGCGAACAAGGCCUCACACAGUCGUCGCCGGCUGGUUGCGACAGCGGCGCGGAAGCCACGCCUUACCUCUCGUCUCUGGCGCCGCUGACGCCGAGUUACUUUCGCCUCGCAGUCGUGGCUAGCAGGCCGAUUCUUCCAGGAGAGGAAAUCACCUCGGAUUACUUUCGCGCUUGUGAAAAAAGGCGCGAAGCCGCGACGAGCCCGCUGUCGCUGCGUUCGCCGUGCAUCGCUCGAAGGGGGGCGCAGGCCGGCUUUCGCAGCGCGGAGGGAGACAGAAGUGGAGAGAGGAGCGGAGACGCAGAAGGUUCAGAAGAAGCCAAACUCGCGGCGAUCUACGGAGGAGGACAGGGCGAUGAAUUCCAUUCAGGCCGUCGGGAGGAAGCGAGUGGCUCACGCAGCGAGGAGGCAGGCGAAAUGCGGCAGGCGAGGCAGGGGACAGGAGACGAUGCGAGCACCAAACCAUUUGAUGAGGCAGAGACAGGUGAGGCGAGCGACGCGGCCGCGCCGUCUGCGAGUGAAGCGUCUCUGGAGCUGCCUCCCUUUCUGGAGGCGCGCUACAGGAACAUGCGGUAUCAAUAUCGAUUCAAGUGCCUGUGCAUCCUAUGCCGCGAAGACUCCCUAGGUUGGCGGCUCAUCCACGCUGGCGCCAUCACCCUGGAAGACUGCGAGGCGUUCGCGCGAGAGCGAAUGAUGCAAAUGAGCCAGGGUGAGGGAUAG